AUGACUUCUCUCAAACCUGUAUACAAAAUACCCCAAACCACAUUUCCUAACCUGAAUGGUCCAAUUUCGAAAGAAGAAUGGAAAGUAAACUCGCCAUGGGAUGCUGACGACGACUUCACGGCAGGUAGCCAUUUGAUCAGCAGUCCCACUCUCAAAUUUAGCAAAACUAAAAGGAGUAAUGCUCAAAAGUCUAGAAUUCCCAGUUUCAUAUCGAUUUCUAAAAAUCCCUCAAGUUCAGAAGAAUUUCCCGAUUCAAAAUUGUCUCCAAAAUCAAUUAAAGGCUCAUCCCGGUCUAGUCCUGAGCAGACUAGUUUAAGUUGUGGGAAUUUACAUCCAGUUAUGGGAGAUAAUAACUUUGAAUCAGAUGGUGUAAAACACGAAGCAUCUUCUACCCUCACAUCUUGGCGAGGGAAGCAUCAGCAAACUUCAAAUCCGGAUUCUAGAUUAGCUGAGAAAAUGGCACUUGCGGAAUUUUCAGUCGGUGAUAAUGACCGCAAUACGGAAAGGAAUGGAGUGCGGCUAUCUGAAAAGGCAAGAUCAAAAGAUGUAAGCCCAGUGGAUGUUGAGGCUUUUUCAAAGGAUCAGUCUGAGAAUCCGAAAGUUAGCUCAGUCGGAAGUUCGGUGUUGAUUAAGCCCAAUCAGGACUGCCAUAUUAUAUCUGAAAUCAAACCAAAUCGUGAAGAUAACUUUGAAUUGAAAAUUUCAGAACAAGCUAUUACAAGUACUUCUACUGACUCGAGUCCAGAAGACUACCCUAUCAGUAAGAAUUCUCAGUUUAAAUUCCUUCCAACUGAGAAUUCGGAAAUAAAUCCUGAAUAUAAAGCAUUAUGUAGAUCUUCCAGCUUAUCAAAGUUAGAUAAAAUCCCUGACGAAUGUGCCGUUGACGAAAUAGAAUCAAGAAAACAGUUUGGCACCGAUAAUAGAUCAGACCAAAGCUCUAUACAGCCAUAUCCAAGUAGACUUGACAAAAAUUUUGCCGAGUAUGAAGAGACACCUCGACCUAAAGCUGAUGUAUUGGCUCUUCCAACACCCAAAGUUCUAGGCGCCUACAUACAGACCCCUCUCCUUAGUGCCGAGCCAGAUGGCCUUCUUCAAACUAGAAUCACUCGAAGACGUGCGAUAUCAUUGGAAGGUCAGAAUUUCAAAUUUGAAGGCCAAAACUCCUCACAAAUAAUGCAAUUACAAACACGAUACACUACACAAACUUCAUGCUUGAUGCCAACUGAUAGAAGCACUUUAGCUAGACCACGACUCAUAAACACUUCCCGACGUAUAACUGUAUCAGAUGACCUUCGUCGAAUCAAGAUGGAAGAAAAUAUCGAAGACUCGGGAUUAGACUUCAUGUUUGAGGGUGAUAGGCAAACAGAUAGACUGAUAAAUUCAGAUUCUCAGGUGGCUAUGGAUAGCCUGGAAUUUAAUCGGAACAGAGUGCUCCCAAUUUUUCCUGCGAGUGAAGAAAAAUUUGAAUCUAUAAUAAUUGAGAGAAUGAAUCAGAGGCUAAAAAAUGCCUCAUAUAGCAUACAUGAUGCUAGGCAAGGUAUAGAGCGCUUAGAGCGACAGGUAUCUACCUCCCCCAAGCCUUGGGCCCACAUAGAUAAGCCCGAUCUAAUCAAAGGUAGUAGCAUUGCUACAAAGAUUACAAGACUCUUCAUAAUAAAACACCGAAUGGAAACAGAAGAAAACUCUGGAAUAUUCCGCGAUCGAGGAUGGCGAUUUACGUGGAUAGGGCUAGUAUUUUGUACCUUGUGGCUUUGGUAUAUCGUGGAGACAGCCAUGUGUGAAGCCUUUUGUCACCCCAGAUAUUCUAACCAGAAUACUUGGCAGCCGUCGGAUCCCUUCUUUCCCUGGGCUCUCCCUACUAAACUUGAUCAAUGGACUGGAGGUAUUGUGAGCCGAUCGGCUGAAGAUAUUCUCGAUUGGUAUGAUCCUGGCCGACAUCAGAGAUGGCGGCGGCCACAGCAGGCGUAUAGCGGUCAUGACUGGUGGCUCGGCGGCUACGGUCCAGCACCUACUAUGAUUAGAACUUUUGGUCAGAGCGAAACAGAUAACAUGAACGAUGACGAGGAGAUAUGGAACUAG